CGGUCACGGUGCAUCUGCAUAACCACAAAAUGCUAAAUUGUAUUAUGAGGCUGGCCAACUUCAACUCAGAAUGUACACUUUCCCAAUCAAUCGCCGGAUCCGUCCUCGCUCGCCGAUCUAUGCCCAAUGCUCGACCCAUACUGAUACACACUUUACCACCGCAUCCCGACUCAAUCGUCAACAUCAUCUGCGAUUCCUUCAGGAAAGCCCUCAAUUGGGACGCACUGACCCGAAGAUUCGGUUUGAUUGAGCUCGACCACUCCAUUGUCCAACAAGUGCUUCUCCAACUGAAAGAACCAGCCGAUGCAAAACGCGCCCUGGGUUUCUUCCACUGGUCGGCUCGGCAAAAGCGUUUCCAACACGAUGCUUCCAGUUACGCUAUCGCCAUUCACAUCCUGGUUCGGGCGAAGCUCAUCAGGGAUGCUCGGGCCUUGCUCGAAUCGGUCUUGAAGGACGAGGUCUUGGGUCGCUCUUGUCCGUUCUCGGUUGUGGAUUCCCUUCUUGGUAGCUACGAAAGUGCUAACUCCAUUCCUAUGGUGUUUGAUUUGUUUGUCCAAACUUGUGCCAAGUUGAGGAUGACAGAGUUAGGGUUUGAUGUUUGUAGAUACUUGGAUGAUCACGGAUUCACUUUGAGCCUCGUUACUUACAACACAUUGAUUCAUGUAGUUCAAAAGUCUGACCAGACCGCAUUGCUUUGGAAGAUCUAUGAGCAUAUGAUAAGACAAAGAACAUACCCGAGUGAAGUAACAGUGAGGAUGAUGAUUAGUGCAUUGUGCAAGGAAGGAAAGUUGCAAGAGUCUGUUGACAUGUUGGAUAGGAUCCAUGGGAAGAGAUGCUCUCCUACUGUGAUAGUUAAUACCGUUUUGCUUUUUAGGAUAUUUGAAGAGGGAAGAGCUGAGGAGGCAAUGGUGUUGUUGAAGAGGAUGUUGCAAAAGAACAUGAUUCUUGAUACCAUUUCUUAUUCUCUUAUCGUGUAUGCGAAGGUGAAACUUGGUCCUCUAGAUUCUGCACAGGAAGUGUAUGAGAAAAUGCUCAACAGAGGUUUUCAUGCAAACUCUUUUGUAUAUACAUUGUUUAUAGGGGCCAACUGCAAGGAGGGAAGGAUCGACGACGCUUUUAGGUUGAUGGAAGAAAUGAGAGACAUGGGUUUGAAGCCAUAUGAUGAGACUUUUCAUCAUCUUAUUGUGGGUUGUACUAAGGCUGGAAGAUUGGAAGAAAGCGUCAAGUUCUGUCAGAAAAUGAUGGAAAUGGGAUUUAUUCCUGCAGCUUUGGCUUUCAAUGAGAUGAUUGGAAAGCUUUGUGAAAAUGGGGGUGUAAAGGAGGCCAACGAGAUGUUAACUGUUCUGUUAGACGAAGGAUUUAAUCCAGAUGAAAUUACAUAUUCUCAUCUUAUUGGUGGCUAUGCCAAAGAAGGAAAGGCUCAGGAAGCUGUGAAGCUGUACUAUGAAAUGAAAUACAGAUUACUCUCUCCUGGUUCAUUGGUUUUUGAAUCUUUAAUUAGUAGUCUUUCCGAAUGUGGAGAACUGCAUGAAGCAGAAAGAUAUCUGAAGCUUAUGAAGGAUCAAUCAUUACCACUGUCUGCACAUAUUUAUGAGAAAAUAAUUGCUAGCCAGCAAGAAAAGGGAAACAAAACCACAGCUCUUCAGCUCUGUAAAUGAAAUGAUUGGAGCAGGAUCAGAACCGAGUAGGUUUUCUUAUUGUGUUUGCUCAAACAACCUAUGAAGCUAGAACUUUUGGUGGCGGCAUAUUAUGUCAGCUGGCUAUUGCUGAUCAACAUUCUAAAUUGGGCAAAGCUAAUAUCGACUUCCAUAUGACAAGCAAAAGUUUGUGUUGCAAGCAUCAUCAAGCAUCAGGAAAUUUUAUUUGAUAACAUAGAAAAUGCAAAAUACUAUCUGCAUUUUUGAAUGAUAGGACCAUGUCUGGAAGUAGUAGGGAUGAAUAGUCAACGGGGAAAUAAGUUAUUUCACAAGACAGGACCAACUCUCGUGAAACCAUUCCGAGAAAAAUCUAUAUUGAGGGGCUUACAGUUGGCCUUUGAAGCUGAAUUCUAUCCAUGGUCUGUCAAACUGAAACAUUGUGAAGGCAAGUGACUUUCCUUGGAGUAUUACUGUGGUGUUGAAAAGUUCAUUUAGAUAAAAGGAAAGUUACCUAAAUGCACACUGUUCUUGCCAAGAAUACCGAGGAUAGAUUGACAAUUGGAGACGUGAAGCCUUGCAAGCCUACCCUUAUUUUGAUCAGCCGCUGGAAUUCUGACUGCACUUUGUGUUUCCUCUUUUGGGGUUUGUACAUUUUGUAUAUGAGAAUCUUCUUGAUUUUCAUUCAUAUGCGGUGCUAUUUGUUACUACAAUGAUAAAAGACCCAAACACACAGUUGUUUCUUCCAUGAGAUGAAGUUUAUCCAUUCUCAGUGACUAUAAGAAGGGCUGGGGGAAGUUUCAAGCUUAAAAGUUAAGAUGGCAUGUAAAAAUACAGUGCAAGCACACAUGCCUGUCUUCAUGUUAAAUUGCUUUGUUAUUUGGAAGCAUUGUUAACUUGGGCUUACAUUUUUACAUCUAACAGGUCAAAUCAAGUUUUUUGCACUGGAUGGUGACAGUUGAAUGCUAUUGAAUUCUUGUAGUUGCCGAUAUGAAUGGCAAACACAACUUUGAAUGGUUGCUUAUAAUUUUCUUUAUCCUUCCUGAUUGAUCAAUACACAAUGGAAACUGAUUAUGAACUCAGAUCAAAGGCCCAAACUAGGUGGACGGAUAACAGCAGACCAACGCCAUGGCAAUUGCUCACUAUGAUGGCUCAGGUGGACCUCUCACGACGCCGAUCCCAAAGGCAAUGCUGUAGCUGCUAUGUGAAGAGUAUUAUUGUCUUUGCUGUAUUAUCUGCCUGGGCUGAGCGUAUGGGAGAGAUUAUUUGUGUCACGAUUCCUGAAAUUACUCCUAAAUUUUCUAUUCUAAAUUUAGAAAUUGCUUUAGUUUAGAAAUCUAUCUAUUUAAUUCUAUAUAUAUUUUUUGUAAUUAGAAUUCUGUCCAUAUUUAGAAUAGAUUGAUACUUUUCUUGUAAUUAAAAUUUUGUUCAUAUUUAGAAUAGGUUUUCUUCUAUAUAAUGCACAACUCUCUUGUCAAUGAAGAAGAAAGAAAUUUU